GACCAAAACAGGAACAUGGCAACAGUGUUCGGAGGAAUAGAAGGUGGAGGGACUCAUUCCAGGGCUGUGCUGCUGUCUGCAGAUGGGAAGGUGCUGGGAGAGGCAGUGGGACCCUGCACCAACCACUGGUUGAUCGGGGUGGAUAAAUGUCUUGAAACCAUCAACGAAAUGGUCCAGCAAGCGAAGAUCGCAGCAGGACUGGACCCAAACACAGCGCUGCGCUGUCUGGGUAUGUCUCUGAGUGGGGGUGAGCAGAAGGACGCAAUCGACAACCUGAUUGCCGUGAUGAAGAGACGGUUCCCACAUCUAAGCCAGGAUUACUUCAUCACCACAGACGCGAUCGGUGCCAUGGCAACGGCGAGUGAUCGAGGUGGUAUAGUCCUGAUAUCAGGAACCGGCUCAAACUGCAAGUUGGUCAACCCUGACGGCUCACAGAUCGGCUGCGGAGGCUGGGGUCACCUGAUGGGAGAUGAAGGAUCGGCUUUUUGGAUUGCUCAUUUGGCCGUGAAGACGGUGUUCGAUGCCAAAGACAACCUGGUGGCGCCGCCUCAUGACAUCACACAUGUUAGAAAAGCCAUGGAGGAGUACUUCCAGGUGUCUGAUCUGAUGGGAAUGCUGCCACAUCUGUACAGAAACUUCCAGAAAUCGUUCUUUGCUGGUUUCUGCAAAAAGCUGUCUGAAGGUGCAGAAGCCGGAGAUGCUCUCUGCCAGCAUGUGUUUGCCGAGGCAGGGAGAGUCCUGGCUAAACAUGUAGAGGCCGUGCUACCUGCAGCACAAGAGUCCUUAUUUAGUGGUGAACGGGGCGUCCCCAUCCUGUGUGUGGGCUCUGUGUGGAAGAGCUGGUCCCUGCUGAAGCCUGGGUUCACAGAGGUCAUGGGGAAGGCUGCAUCGUCUGCCGGCUUGAAGGGGCGUUUUCAGGGCUACAGCCUUCUGUUUUUGCAGCAGUCCUCUGCCCUCGGAGGUGCCAGCCUCGGCGCUCAGCAUUUAGGCUCCUCAAUCCACAUGGAUUAUGACGCCAAUGCAAAAAUCUUCUAUCAACACUCCUUUAACAGCAGCCAGUGACAAUAAAUCCAAAAGGCCACUUUAUGAUUUUUAAAAACACAUUGCUCUGACUCCAAUCACAAUGACUUGAAUCAAGUUGCUGUAAGUUCUUGCACAUUAUUUCAAAAGAUACCCCAAAAGAAGAUUUAAAAAAUAGCUGAAAUCAUGAGGGGUUCUUUUUAUCUUCACAGUUCCUGUAACAAGAACUGAAAGUUCUAUCAUUACAUUUGAAAAAAAAAUUUUUUCUACCUUAGAUGAUUCAUGUGCAAUCAGGAUUUAUAAUAAUAAACAUGCUGCAGAUUCUCCAGAUGUGUGCAGGACUGGAGAGAUUUUACGGCUUAGUUCCUGCUGCUCUACCUGAAGUUAUAUGAUUAAUAAAGAUCAGAUUAGACCAAUUAAACAAUUUAUAAAAUGUGGCGUCAACUUUUAUGUAUCAUAUUGAUUCAUAAUAUUUAUACAGUUUAUAAAAAAGCUUGUGGUUUAUGGUGAAUGCUGAUGACUUAGCUCUGUUUUUACCACCAUUGUCUAUUAUUUAAGGUUGUACUUUAAGGUUUACACACAAAAUAUCCUAAAAAAGCAGGUUAUCAUUCUGUGAUGUUAGAAAUUUUGAAAAAAGGGAUGAUAAUUAGUAUCCAUCUAAUGGUGCACUUGAGCUAGGACAACAUUUAAAGCACAGCAGGCCUCAUUUACUUCAGGUAAGGUCGGUGUUCUACUAUGAAAAAGAUAUUGGGCAACAGUGCCUUCCAGAAAAGAGGUCAAACGGCAACCAUUGCCGUUCAUAUAUAGCACAAAGGGAAAUCUCACAUUUCCUAUAAAACAUUCUGAUGAUCCAAGCUGUCUUGUGGGAAAAGUUCUGUGGACUGAAAAGACAA